GUGGAGGAGUGCCUGAGAGGUGGGAGGACCGAAUGGGGAGAGACAGAGAGCGAAAUAGGUGCGAAAAAUUUGUAGUUGCCUGGAAAUUCCUCAAUUUCAAUUUGCAAAAAGUAAAUAUCAGCCGCCCCAAAGCAACGUCGAUAAAUGUGCGCGCCCCGCGAGCAGAGAACAACCAACGCCAGCUCCUGAAGCACUUCAGUCCAGAGAUAUCGCCGAGAGCCACAGUGCAGCAGAUCCGUGGACGACAUGUUGACGCACAAAACUUGUCAGGCACGUAAGAAAAUGCAGGUUUCCUUCGUGAUACGGGACGCCGAGGAGAAACAGCACCGGAAUGGCGUAAACGCUCUGCAGCUGGAUGCCAAUAACGGCAAGUUGUACUCCGCCGGUCGCGACGCCAUAAUCCGUGUGUGGAAUACACGGACGGACUCCAGCGAGAAGUACAUACAAUCGAUGGAGCACCACAACGACUGGGUCAACGACAUAGUACUUUGCUGUAAUGGCAGGAACCUUAUUAGCGCCAGCUGUGAUACCACGGUGAAGGUGUGGAACGCCCAGAAAGGCUUCUGCAUGUCCACCCUGCGGACCCAUCGCGACUACGUGCAGGCGUUGGCCUACGCCAAGGAUCGGGAACAGGUGGCCAGCGCUGGACUGGACAAGGCCAUCUUCCUGUGGGACGUGAACACACUGACCGCGCUCACGGCGAGCAAUAACACGGUUACCACCUCUAGUCUAACCGGGUCCAAGGACUCAAUCUACAGCUUGGCCAUGAAUCCAUCGGGCACCGUGAUUGUGAGCGGGUCCACGGAGAAUAUACUGCGUAUCUGGGAUCCCCGCACCUGUAUGCGCAGAAUGAAGCUGCGAGGCCAUACGGAGAACGUGCGCUGCUUGGUGGUGUCGCCCGAUGGAAACCAGGUGGUGUCUGGCAGUUCCGACGGCACGAUCAAGGUGUGGAACCUGGGCCAACAGCGCUGUGUUCAAACCAUCCACGUGCACAAGGAGGGCGUGUGGUCGCUGCUGAUGAGCGAGAACUUCCAGUACAUCAUCUCCGGCAGUCGGGAUCGCAACAUCAUUGUGACCGAGAUGCGGAACCCUAGUAACAAAACGCUUGUGUGCGAGGAGCAGGCGCCCGUGCUGAGUCUGGGCUACAACAUCGACAAGACUGGGGUGUGGGCCACCACCUGGAACUCGGACAUUCGCUGUUGGAAGCUGCCCAUGUACGACAGGUGCACACUAAAUUCCUCGGGCGGAAUGGACGCACAAUGGACACAGGGCGGCACUGAGGUGGCCUGCAUAAAAGGUGGAGCCGCCAUCAAGGAGUGCGCGGUGCUGAACGACAAACGUUAUAUCAUAACCAAGGACUCACAAGAUCAGGUCGUGGUGUACGAUGUGCUGAGAGUUGUCAAAAAAGAGCAAUUGGGCGCUGUUGAUUUCGAAGCGGAGGUGAAGAAGCGUAAUAAGCAGGUCUACAUUCCAAACUGGUUCACUGUUGAUCUGAAAACCGGGAUGCCAACGAUUGUAUUGGGUCAGGAGGAAGUGGAUUGCUUUUCCGCUUGGGUUUCCAUUGAAGCUGGACUGCCGGAGUGCGUCGAUCCCACAACAGAGAUUAAGAUCAACUAUGGCAAAUUACUUUUAGAAGCCCUGCUAGAGUACUGGACACCACCGCAUAGCAUACCACCAAACGAAAUGGAACCCGAUAUGCACGGCAAUGGCUACUUCCAAGUGCCCAAGCACACGCCCGUCAUCUUUAGUGAAGUGGGUGGCCGCACUGUUUGCCGACUUUUGGUACGCGACGCAGCUGGCGAUAGCGAAAGUACCCUGCUCCACGAAACGGCGCCUCAGUGGGUGACCGACGUGGUGAUCGAGAAGAACAUUCCCAAGUUCCUCAAAAUACCGUUCUUCCUGCAGCCUCACCCGCAAAUGACCAAGCCUGAACGAACGAAGAAGGAUCGUCUUGUGGCUAAUGAAUUUAUUCAGUGUCGCAAGGUCUGCGAGCACGUGCUUGAAAAGGUGCUGAAUGCGGAAACUACCCCAAGUGGGGGCAAUGCUAACAAUUCACUGCAGAAUAGCCAGAGCGAUGCUAAUUCGGAGGGAUCCCAACUGCCAGCUGAGGAACGAAUUGAACUGUGGUGUAACGAUGUGGUUGUGGACCCCAACAUGGACCUGCGCACGGUGCGCCACUUUAUCUGGAAGCAGUCGACCGAUCUAACGUUUCAGUACAAGACCAAACAGAAUUUCAACUACGAUGGUAAAUAAGAGAGCCCACGCAUUGAACAACACAAGAACACCUAUCACAAACACAACGCAUACUUGAUUUCUGCAAUUGCUAUUGCCUAACCGAGAGUUGUGCUUAUAUAUAUCCGCCCCAUAGGUUCGAUCGGGGAUAGCUUGGAGCGCGUGACGCGCAAGUAUUGAACGCUGGCAAGUGAUCUCCCGCCUAACCGAAGCAGUACCGAUGCAUUAUUGAAUGAGAACGAGAUUGAGCAGAUCGAUUAACAAUUUAUAUUUUUAUAAGUUGAUUUUGCAAUAUAUUUGAGUUAACCUGCGAUUCGUCUCAUCUCUUCUCGACUCGACUCGUGGACAAACACAAACACAUUCAAGGAGAAUCUGUACGAGCGUUAACUUUAAAUUUAAAAGUGCACCGGAGUACUUUUGUUUGUUCACUUCUCGUUAGGAAUAAAUAUGUACUUCAGAUUCAGACUUAUAACAAUUAGGCUUGCGACACACGUAGAUAAGCAUUGCAAAGGAGUAACUGCAGACAUACCAUUAAAUCGUAUUUGCAUCUGAAGCAACUAGACCUAGAGUAUUGCGCAUAUAUGUAUGUAUGUAAUAUUCACACUUGUUUCACAUUAGGUUUAUACAUAAUUAUUUACAUAGAACAUACAUAGGUAUAAGAAAUCUGUUAAAUAUACAGAAAAAUCAAUGCAAUGGUAGUAGCCCAACUUGUAAAGAGCUCUAUGCAAGCCAAUUUGUACAUAAGUAAUAAGCGAAAAUCGAAAACCAGGAUGGAAAUCAAUUAAAGUUAUUAAAUUAUUUGG